CAGUGCAGGGGGGACGCUCGGGGCUGGGGGCGAGUGGGGUACCGCUCCUGGCUGCCUGGCGGGCAGCACGGCCGCCCGCGGGACAGGCUCGCUUCGCGGCGGGCUCGCACCUCGCCCAGGCUGCUCCCUAUACCCAGCGAGCGGCGGGGCUGCGGCCGCGGCGGUGCGCGGGAGCGGGAAGUGGAGGGCUGUGCUCCUGGGGCGGAGCGCUGCUGGCAGCCCUUUGCGGUGGGGCACGGUGUUCUGCGGGCCUGGUGUGUGUAUGGUAGUGGUUGUUGGCUGACAAAGGCCGUGGGUGGUGUUUUCUCUCCAGGUGUAGGGAUAAUCAGAAUCUUGGGCCUAUACAUCACUUAGAGGGAAACAUUGGGUCAUGGAGGGAUUUAUUUUUUUUUUCCUGCAAGUUUACACUCUUGGUAGCUUUGUAACUGAGAUCCUAUGUUAACCUGAGACGUCUAUCUCACAAAAGUAACAAGCAUCUAGCCUUAGUUUGUCAGUUGCACAAAAUGUGCGUGUUUUCCUCUCUUAAGAAACAUAGCAUUCCAACAUAAGGUGUUUUAGUCCUAUUUCUUUGGGGAUUGGACCAGAUGAUCUCCAGAGGUCCCUUCUAACCCCUGUGACUCUAUGAUUCCUCCAGUUGUAUUGAGGUACUCCUGAUAGAAGCAUUCAAGGCAGAAUGUUUGACUUCCCUCUUCUGACACUGGUGAACUAGAGUGUCCUCCUUAACGUGGAGGUUUCCAUUUAGUGGUGGAACAGUGCAGGUGGAAGGACAUAAAAUCCUUAUUUUUUUAUGAUGUUUUCCAUAAAUGUUUGUGAUCGUGCUGAAAUGGCAGUAUUGGCCAAUAUUCUUGCUUAUAUGCUUGGCUGUUAACAUUCUCUUGACUAAACUAGGCCAUUAACUGGUCGUGGAGAUUUUUCUGAUAAUGUCUGUAUCAUAGACUUGAAUGAGAUCUUAAGCAAGAACUUGCACGAGUUCUUAGGCAAGAUUAUCUUCAGAUACAGGUGUCAGAAGGUGGGGAAAGUGGCUUUUUCAAUUGAAUAUGGCAUUGUAUAGCUAGUAAACUGUUUACCACACUUCUUGCUUUAGCUGCGUAGCCGCUGGGGACAGACUCUCCACUGAAUUGUAAAUUUUGCUUGGACACAACGCAUUACUGCGGAACCUGGUAAAAUGAAUCAGAAGGGAAAUCCAGAGCCAACUGACGAUACUGAUAAUGUCAAGGUAUUGCAACUGGUGCCACACUGAUGGAGUAUUGCCUGUAAACACUGAUGGCAGCUGACCAGUUUGAACGGUGAAGACUGCUGUGAGCUUCAGAAGUCAACCAUGGGCAUUAAAGGCUUGCAGGGAUUUGUGGCGAGAGUUUGCCCUGAUGCAUGCAGAAUGGUAGAUCUGAAAGAGAUGGCAGAAAAACACCGCAUCGAUCAUCCAGAUGUCCUACCUGUUAUUGUGGUAGAUGCCAUGAGUUGUGUUCGACGCUGGUACACACCAGAAUCCUGGGUGUGUGGUGGCCAGUGGCGAGAGUACCUUACCGUUUUGGAGGAUUUUAUUGAAGCUUUUAAAGCAGCUGGUAUUGAGUUGGUGUUUUACUUUGAUGGAGUGGUAGAAGAGAAAAAGAGAGAUGAGUGGAUCAAGCGGAGGCAGCAGAAUAACAAGGAAAUAGCCAACCUAUUUCAGUUUAUCAAGACUCACAGGAAACAGCCGGGGAGAGAAAUGUUCGUUCUUCCCUCAGCAUUGCCUACUUUUACACGGUUUGCCCUAAAGUCACUUGGUCAAAAAACAGUGUGCACAUUGCAAGAGGCAGACUUUGAGGUGGCUGCGUAUGGUUUGCAACAUAACUGCAUGGGAAUUCUUGGGCAAGAUAGUGACUACCUCAUCUAUAAUACAUCUCCCUAUUUUUCCAUUGAGAAGCUCUGCUUGGACAGACUAGUCACCGUUAUGUACUCCAGAGAUGAUCUUUGCCGUGCGCUGGGUCUUAGCAUGAUGCACCUUCCUCUCUUUGCUUGCUUGCUUGGCAAUGAUGUUGUUCCAGAAAACUUGCUGGAAGGCUUUUGGCAUAAAUGUUUAGUCACUUGUCCCCCCAGGAAUAAGAGCUACAACAGAAGAACAAACAUACUUCUGGCUGUAGCAAAUUAUAUCUCCAAAAUGCCAUGCUCGUACAACAGCCUGAAACACUUGGAAGAGAUGCUACCUUUGGGAUCAGACAAGACAUUACUUCUUAGAGGAAUGGAGUCCUAUCUUUUGCCAGGGCAGCAGUCUCCAUGGAUUCCUCCCGAUGCAAGAAAUUUCAAAAUGUUCUCAGGUCAAGAAGAAACAGCCAUGUGUCGAGAUAAGGAAAUAUUUCAGUUAGCUAAAGAACAUCACAUCCAAUCUGAAAAUUAUGCAAUCUUCAAUAUCCUGAGUAAUGGAGAGCUUGAGUGCAGCAACUCUUUGGAAGACGAUUAUGAUACAGAGAUUCCUGGACAGGCACUCAUCUAUCGCCCUGCUCGUCAGCAUAUUUAUUCUGUCUUGUUGGAAUCGGAAAAAGAUGGAGCCUGUCCUUUGGUAAAAGAGUGGUUUGUCUAUUUUGGAAAUCCUCUACAGCAGCCAGAUCUGAUACAACCCGUGCAGCCCUCUAUUCCAGGCGGAACACCUAAUUUGAAAACACUGUGGUUUGCCAAAGGACCUGACAUGGAAAAGCAACGGUACAGUACAUUUCUGGCAUGCUUUCACCUUCAGGAUGUGAUGGAAGAGCUCCAAGCUCUAGAAGCACCUGUUGCAGCGUUCUGCUGCUUGCUGACCUACCUUAUGCUGCAGGUCACUAGUCUCUCUCUAGAAGACUUAAAUGCAUUUGUGGCACUCGUUCUCUGCCUCAGAGGAAAGUCAGCUGCUGAACUGGCACGUUUGCAGCUUGUGCAAGUGGACUCCAGAGCUGUACAUCUUGGUGCUGUUUUGGUUCGUGGCCUUACAACAUUGCUCAUGGCCAAUAGUGCUUGUGGCUUUCCAUUCAGCAUGGAUGAUUUGAUGCCUUGGAAAGUGUUUGAUGGAAAACUUUUUCAAGAAAAAUACCAAAAGUCACACAGAAGUUGCUCUUUGGAGGAGCUUUUGGAAGGCAAUGAGUCUUUGUAUACACCCUUCCAGAAUCUGAAGUCACUCAUUUGCAGGGUUUGUGCAGUAAAGAAAAGAACAAUACAGAGCAGACCAAGAGGAAAUGGAUUUAUCACAGGAACGCACCAAAGAGAACUUAAUCCUAGGUUCCAGCAAACACAUAGAAGCUCCUUUGUUUCUCCAUAUCAUAAUCAAAUGAGGGGCAACCUCUGGAGAAAUCCUCAACCACAAGGUAGAAGAUACAGAUCAGGACAUCCAGACCAGAGGAGAAGAUUCCACCUUCCUCCUUGGAUGUUCUGGCACAAUGGCUUGGUUUUAUCCACCCUGGGGCUGAGCAAUGAACAAAUUAGUGCAAGGCCAGCAAGGGUGGGGAUCUGCAUUGCCUCAUUGUGGCCUGGGCUGCAACGCAUCUUGAAUCAAAACAACGCAGAAUUUAACACUUUACUCUUAAGAACUGACAACGUGAAUUUCCCUUGAUCAAGAAACAUGUGGUAAAACUGAUAGUAUGAGCCACCAUCUGCCCAGCCUCCAGCAGCAUUUGCAGCGCUGAAGUGAAAGUGCUAUUUCUACGCAGGACAGGAUUGCAUGUUUUCUGCAAUUUUUAGACUGAGAUUAAGCAGUUAUAUUAAUUUCUGCAUGUGGCUAUGUAGCACGAUUGCUGUGUGGAUUUACAGAGUGAUUUUUGAACAGCUAGACUGUUCAACUAAAUAAUUUCAAAGCUUUGAGAUGCUGCGAAACAAGGUGAUAUGAGACAGUGGCAUAUCUUUUACCAGCAAUUUGUAAUGUCUGAGCAUUUCUAGGAGAGGGCAGUGGGUAAGGGUUAUGUUGGAGUUCCAGGUAGGGAUACUCUUGCUGUUUUACAUCUAUAGGUUUGUAACAGCUACAUCUUAACUGAUAGCAGAGGUCUCUGGUCCCAUGGCCUGUCCCCAGCUCUGGAAGGUAAACUGUAGAUGUUGUGCUGUGAUUAAUAAACAAUACAUCCCUGGUUGCACUGCUGUGUGCUCAGUGUGAAGUGGGGCUGUUUUGUGUGCUUUUGGGAAAAGAUACCAUCAGCGCUGUAGUCAGGGGCAGCCUGCUGCUAACAUCACUAACAUCGGUAGCGGGAGGAUUUGCUCUGUGCUGCCUGAGCGCUGCAGAUCACUCUCCACACAAAUUAAUUAAAAGAUGCCUUAGGUAGGUGUCCAGCAGGCACAGAAGGAACCCAGCUCUGUUACUAGUCCGCAGUCCCCAAUUUUCCAGCUGUCACUAGGUAAUACGGUCUCCCCCUCACGUAAUUCCUUCCUAUAGUCCAAUAGAAGUCCUUUAAAGACGAAAAAAAGAAAGAAAGAGGAACAACAAGCAAGUAAUCCUGUCAUACGAUCUGCCCCAGUAGUUUGGGGCCUGUUUCUCUUUCAGGGGCUGUGAGCAUGCUUUGAGGUGCACAAUAGAGAUGCCUUCUCCAUUGACUGAGGGGCUCAAUGAGCCAAGCUCGGCAGCAGCCCCGGUAACAGCAGCAGCAGCAGCAGUGGUGCAGCACAGUAAUGGGCCCAACUGUUAACUGAUUUAACACUCUGCCAGCUGCAGUCCCUGAGCUCAGAGAGGAGCAGCGGGCCUUUGAAUAUUACCUUUCAGCCAAUUAGACAUAUGUCACUUUCAGAGAAUGUUUCUUGCCUGCUCCUGUUGAGGGGAAGCUAUGCUGGGAGGAGAGGGGAAUGGCAUUACCUGCUUUUAUCCCAAAUGUGAGGUCCCUCCUUUGGGUAGGAAUUGGUUGUUGUUUCUGGUAUUUUCAGCACUGGAGUGGGCUGUGAGGGGAAAGAAUGAUUCUUGGAAAGUCAGAAGUUUUCAGAGUCUUACAGGCUGCCUAUGGGAGGGGUAGGAGCUUUUACAUAAAGGUGGGUUUGAAUCAUUGGAUUGAAGUGAGGCCUCUCUGCACCUGAACACUGGGGAGGUUAAAAUCAGCAUCUGAAUUGGCUCAAGUUUGUUUUGCAUGUAAAACCUCCUGAUCUCAAAGAGACUUUGGCUUCAGCUUGAAUAAAUGAGGGUGCAGAUGUCAGAGGGCCGGUGCUGACUUACAGCAGCUCAGAAUGUUCAAUUUUGCCCCAACAAUCAAUUUUACAAAAAAAAAAUACAAGUCAGAUUGUAACCAGUGAGUGAGUGGCAGCUCAGAAAGAGUGCUGCAGGAUGCUUGGUUUGUCCAAAAGCCAUCACCAGCUGUACCACUGCAUCAGCAAACAGGGCUCUGGGGUACCACCACAGCCUUUAGGGGGGCAAGUAGGCAUUCACAGAAAAAGAAUAUUAGGGGUAUUUGUUUUCAAAAUCGGUGAAAAAAGCAGAAACAUCUAUAUUUGUUGUAGAGUAGAUGGGCCACUUUUAUUCACGGAUUAUUUGUGUUUCUGCAAGGCUGAAAUUCUCAAUUCCAGUUAUGUCAGUUCCCUUAUGCUUUUUAUGUUAAAGUACACAAGAAUGCAGUAUUAGCAUGUAUGGUAAAUUGUGCUGAAAUAAAGCAAAUUAUGGAGAAAAAAAUACUUCAUGGCACGUGUUUAAAACACUUCAUUAGCAAAAGACAAGCAAGUGAACUGAAGCUAAGAAGUUCAUCUGAAAUGAACCAAAUGAAAGGGAUAAAAUAAAUGUUGGGAGUUUUUUUCUCAUAGCCUUGUAAAAAUUGAAACUUUCUGAGGAAAGAGGCUGGUGGGCAAAAAAACCCAUUUAUUUUACAAUCUUGGCCGAAAGUUUUCAAGAUGGCACUUGUUGCUGUGAUGCUGUUGGUGAGCAGAAAUAAGCAGUCCAGAACUGUCUGGAGACGGCUUGCUUUUCCCACUGGAGUUAGAGAUCUGCACAGGUUAUAGACACUGUCAGACCUGCAGAACAAACUGUGUGUGGUGUGCAGGUAAAGACGCAAAUGGGGAGCAGCUCUUCUUCUGUAACUUGUGAGAGGAGCACUGAAGUUAAGUGAAUGUGGGUGAAAAACUCUCUGAAUAAAUGUGAUCUUGUAUUACUUGGUUUGGGUUUUCCUAAGUUGAGUCUGAGUUUUCUUCCUUGGUCCCUUCAAACACUCUCCCCAUAGGAUGUUCUCUGGUUUAGGCUUUUGGUGUUUGGUAAUCAUGAAAUAUUGCUUGUCAAAGGCAAUGAGGCAAGGCAUAUUUUGGGGUGAGGGAUCGCGUUGCAUCUAGAUGUGAAGGAGAAGGCUUUAGGUAUUGAGUCCUUUUCACAUCUAACCAUACCUGAAGAAAGUCUUGAGUUAGUUUUUGAAAGAGAACUCUCUCUUUUGCAAAAAAAAACCCUCUUCUCCUGUAGCGUUUUGACCAGCUUCAGGCAGUGACAACAGGGUUAUGGAAUGGUAAUACAUAAACUGAAAUGAGAUGCAAUUUGGAAGAUCCCAGGGUUGUAGUCAGACAAAUGCUUUAAGCUGGCAUAAGUUGUCAGUGUUGAUAGAAGAAGUCAUUCCACACUUCCUCUGCUUCUGGCUGCUUGUUCUCUCACUCUUGUACUAUUUCGCUGUACUUUCCCUUCUGCAGCCUAAUGGUGAACUGGAACAAAUUCAGCUGGAAAUAAACUUUGUAGAUUAUUUCAGAGAUUGUGAGGGGGAGGGGUGCUGUGGCAGGGUGUUUCUGCACCCGCUUUCCCCAGGCUAGUUCACUGCAUGACUACAUGAACCCUUGAGUCAGUAGAUAGCACAUGGUACCACAAGGAUGGAAGUGAACCAGGAGGGCAGGGAGAGAGCAGAACCUUUUCUUUCUGUGCUAGCACCAGUUUGUCAUCACCAAUGAAACCUAUUUUCCCAUUUAGAGAAAGCUGGGGGAAAGGACAAUUUACCCUUUUGUAACAGCUGGUUCGCCUACCAAAAGUAACUCACUGAGGAAAUCUGACAGAGUACAGGUGGGUGUCCAGCUAGCAGCCACUGAGCCAAGGUCAGAUGUUCUGUUGCUGGAGCUCCUUGCAGCUCUUAGUACUUGUAGACUUUGCUUGGAUGUGACAGUUUUCUCAGUGAGGUACUUCAGUGCUGCUAGGCAUGCUUCUGUGUAUAAUCCUCACUUUAUCUGAUUACAUACAGAGAUUACGCAAGCGAAGAACUGCUAAAUUUAAAUAUGCCACCGAUGAACAACACAGUAUUUUCCCCCCUGUGGAAAUCCAUUGGAUAUUUACUUCACAAGUCUUAUAUAGCACUAUGCUGCUUGAAGAUGGCAUUUCAGAUAAUGAUUAUUCUCUUUUUCAUAUUUCUCUGCUGUGUCUUCACUGAAGAGGUCCUGCAAACUCUGUUGCCAGUCACUUAGUUGGUAUGGCUUGAAACUUGCAUAUCUUCGUGCAUUUGAAUCCAUUACUAAUGCAUAAGCAUUCAGUUUGGCAGGAAUGGACAUUACACAUCUGUAAUUCAUAAGCUUCAAGACAGUUUUAGGUGAUGAUGACUCCACUAAAUGUCCAAAUUCCCUUUGGCAUCAGUCGUCUAGCCAUAACUUGUUGGAUCCAGCAGAGUGAGUUCACAUUGCAGGAAUCAUCUCCAAAUUCCGGCUUAAUAGUUUGCAUGCAGUUCAUGCUGGAAUAAGCAAUCUUUGCAUGGGGGAAGCUGGCUGGAGUCAAUUUCAUCGCUUUUAGCAGAGAAAAGUUGAUAAUGGCAUCAGUUGUUGCACUUUUAGGGACAAACAGAUGGCAUGUGAAUUCUUGUAAUUUCUGAAAGAAGCCUGAUGAAAUCUCCCAGGGUUGUCCAAACAUUGAAAAGUUAUAUUGAUCAUGCCAUUUUCUUUGCAUGAGUUCUAGGGCUCCCAAUUUUCCUUUGUCUGAAAAAGACUAACAGCAUUGCAUCCCAAAAAGACGUGCAAACCAAUCAGUACCCUGCAUGUGCCAGUCCCAGGGGUGCACAUUAUUAUAUUACUGACAGUUAAUAAUGUUUUGUGUUUGGUUUCCAACUUUCUCAUGCAUUAGCUAAGAUCUGUAUUACUGCUGGAUUUCACCCAUCAUUUCAGCAUACAAUAUAACACACGUCUUCCUUCUCUUAUGGUACUUUGAGUUCUGUUUUCUUGUGGUGGUGUGUGGUUAGACAAUAAGAGAGGAUCACAGUUCAACAGAGAACUCCAUAAUGUACUUUUCUUUUGUGAUUUACACACAUGCAUGCCAUUUUUCAUAUUUGAUAAUGUUUAACUUGCUAAUGGGACAAGAGAAAUAAACUUUUGUUGCUUGGA